AUGAGACCUGCCGAGAGAGCCCGGAUGAAAGAAUCUGAAGACUGGAUUUGGCGGUAUGGGAUAUCCAUGCGCUGCUGUUUGAAGUAUGGAAAUACCAAAAAGCCUUCCUGGUUUAAUGAGCAGAUUCAAGGUUUCCAGAGCACACCAGCCUUACAGUUUCGAUCCUUAUAUCAUUUGGAUGUUUUAACUCCCGUAGAGAUGAAGAAGAUGUUGUAUCAGAAGCUGACCUCUGGUUCUGAGGAACCAGCUGAGGGAGAUACAAUGUGUUGGAAGGUCCUGAGAGUCAGCCUGGUGGUCCUGGCUGGGUGGGCAUUCAGUACCACCAACUCGGAGCUGGGCUGGACACGCAAAAAAUUCCUGGCCCAGAGGGGACAACUGAACCAGGUGUUGGAAGGGGAACACUGUUGGCUGGGGACUAAGAUCCGAAGACCCAGAACUGCUCCUCAGCAUCAUCUCUUUGGGGUCUACCCAAGCCGACCCCAAAGCUACCCAAGGCCCUAUGCUGUGGGGAAGAAGCGAACCCAGUAUGGAGGAUGGAGUCAACCAGGCAUAGAGAGACAGGCUCUAAGUGUGGUUCCCCGAGACCUGACUGAGAACCCAGCAGGAGUGAGGAGGGAGCCUGAGCCGCCCGCUGCCCUGUGGGUAGGGGAUGGUCCUAUUGGGCAAUCAGAGCUGCUGAGAGAUGAUGACACUUAUCUUGGCAACGGAGGAUCCAAGGAAGCUCUAGGUGAGCCUGAGACUCGGGGAAGCUCAGAAGCUGCUGCCUCCACCAUCGCCACCUUUGCGUACCAAAAAAGACCCACAGCAGAGACCCAGAGGAAGGGCCAGGCCAGGUCUAGGCUUCCUCGCCAACUGCUGAAGAGGCAGGCAGAAGAUAGGACCAGAGACCCCCAGAAUGCCCCUCUUGAUUUCCAGCUCUGGUCUAAGAACCCCCUCAAGCACGGAGUUAGUGACAGUCCAUUGGAGGGCACCAUCCAAAAUGGUGGAGGGGGCUCUGCCUGGGGAGCAGAGACCUUUAACCCUCAAGAAGGAUUGCCUGUACUGUACUUCUCUGGGAAGAGGGAGCGGCUGCUGCUGCGUCCAGAAGUGCUGGCUGAGAUUCCCAGGGAGGCGUUCACAGUGGAAGCCUGGGUGAGACCAGAGGGAGGACAGAACAACCCAGCCAUCAUUGCAGGUGUGUUUGAUAACUGCUCCCACACAGCCAAUGACAAGGGCUGGGCCCUGGGGAUCCGCUCAGGGAAGGACAAGGGGAGAAGAGAUGCUCGCUUCUUCUUUUCUCUUCGCACUGACCGGGUGAAGAAAGCUACAAUUGUGACCGGCCACAGCCGCUACCAGCCAGGCACAUGGACUCACGUUGCAGCCACUUAUGAUGGACAGCAUAUAUCCCUGUAUGUGGAUGGCACUCGAGUGGCUAGCAGUCCUGACCAGUCUGGUCCACUCAACAGCCCUUUCAUGGCAUCCUGCCGCUCUCUACUCCUGGGAGGGGACAGCUCGGAAGAUGGGCAUUAUUUCCGUGGAUAUCUGGGUACACUGGUCAUCUGGUCGACUGCUCUCUCACAAGCCCACCUCCAGCACAGUCCCCAGCACCCAAGUGGAGCAGAUGAAUUGACUACCUUGAUCCUGACAGCCACUUUUGACCCUCUGAGGGAACAGUGGGCUCCUUUUAGAGAUGAGACCUAUCCCCGACUUGAGGUUCUCCAGGACUCUGAGUCACAGCCUGAGAUUCUGUCACCAUUGCAGCCCCCACUUUGUGGGCAAACAGCUUGCGACAAUGUGGAACUGAUCUCCCAGUACAAUAAGCAUGGGCCCCUUCGGGGAGAGAAAGUGAUUCGCUACCAGGUGGUGAACAUCUGUGACGAUGAGGGGCUGCAUCCCACUGUGAGUGAUGACCAAAUCAGCCGGCAGCACGUGGCACUGAAUGAGGCCUUUAGCCGCUACAACAUCAGCUGGCAGCUGAAUGUCCACCGGGUCCACAACUCCACCCUGCGCCACCGGGUCGUGCUCGUUAACUGUGAGCCCAGCAAGAUUGGCAAUGACCACUGUGACUCCGAGUGUGAGCAUCCACUCACCGGCUACGAUGGGGGCGAUUGCCGCCUUCAGGGCCGCUGCUACGCCUGGAAUCGCAGAGAUGGACUCUGUCAUGUGGAGUGCAACAACAUGCUGAAUGAUUUUGAUGAUGGGGACUGCUGUGAUCCUGAAGUGACUGAUGUCCGCAAGACUUGUUUUGACCCGGACUCACCCAAGAGAGCGUACAUGAGUGUAAAGGAGCUGAAGGAGGCCUUGCACCUCAACAGUACUCAUUUCCUCAAUGUCUACUUCGCCAGCUCAGUUCGGGAGGAACUUGCGGGUGCUGCCACAUGGCCUUGGGACAAAGAAGCCGUCAGUCACUUGGGUGGUGUCGUCCUCAACCCAGCCUAUUAUGGCAUGCCGGGCCACACCAACACCAUGAUCCACGAGGUGGGACAUGUCCUGGGACUCUACCAUGUAUUCAAAGGAGUCAGUGAAAAAGAAUCUUGUGAUGACCCCUGCAGAGAGACAGUGCCAUCCAUGGAGACAGGAGACCUGUGUGCUGACACUGCACCUACACCCAAGAGUAGGCUGUGCCGGGACCCAGAGCCAGCGAAUGACAUCUGUGGUCUCACCCACUUCCCAGGGGCUCCAUUCAGUAACUACAUGAGCUACACAGAUGAUGAGUGUACCGACAGCUUCACCCCGAACCAGGUGGCCCGGAUGCAUUGCUAUUUGGACCUUGUAUACCAGCAAUGGAGCGAAAGCAGAAAGCCCACCCCCAUUCCCAUUCCACCCAUGGUUAUUGGACAAAACCACACGACCCUCACUAUCCACUGGCUGCCUCCUAUUAGUGGGGUGGUCUAUGACAGGGCCCCUGGCAGUACGUGCGAUGCCUGUACUGAAGAUGGGACAUUCCAUCAGUAUGUGUACAAGGCUUCCUCGGGGCGGGUGUGUGACUCUUCAGGUUACUGGACUCCAGAGGAGGCUGUGGGGCCUCCUGAUGUGGAUCAACCCUGUGAGCCUAGCUUGCAGGCUUGGAGUCCUGAACUCCACCUGUACCACAUGAAUAUGACUGUGCCCUGCCCAGCAGAAGGCUGCAGCUUGGAGCUGCUUUUCCAACACCCCGUCCAAGCUGAUACCCUCACACUCUGGGUCACUUACCUCUCCAUGAACUCUUCCCAGGCACUCUUUGACAUAGAGAUCUUGCUAGAACUCAAGGAAUCUGUACACCUUGGCCCCUUGAACACUUUUUGUGACACGCCGCUCACCAUCAAACUCCACGUGGAUGGGAAGGUCUUGGGAGUAAAAGUCUACACCUUUGAUGAACGAAUGGAGAUUGAUGCUGCUCUCCUGACUUCUCAGCCCCAUAGCUCCUUGUGCUCCGGAUGCAGGCCUGUGAGUUAUCAGGUACUCCGAGAGCCUCCUUUUUCCAGUGGCCUGCCCAUGGUGGUGACACACCCGCACAGGAAGUUCACAGACAUGGAGGUCACACCUGGGCAGAUGUAUCAGUACCAAGUUCAAGCUGAAGCUGGAGGGGAAGUUGGAGAAGCUUCACCUCCUCUGAGGCACAUUCACGGAGGCCCUUACUGUGGAGACGGGAAGGUGACAAGGAGCAUUGGAGAAACGUGUGAUGAUGGAGACCUGUUGAAUGGAGACGGGUGCUCUAGAGUGUGUGCACUGGAGGAAGGCUUCAACUGCGUGGGAGAGCCAAGCCUUUGCUACAGGUAUGAGGGAGAUGGGAUUUGUGAACCUUUUGAGAAGGAAACCAGCAUCAUAGACUGUGGCCUCCAUACUCCUGAAGGACACUUGGACCAGUGGGCUACCCAGGCAUAUUCCUACCACGAAGACAAGAAGAAGUGUCCUGCUUCUCUGGUAACAGGAGAACCUCAUUCAAUGAAUUGUACUACGCAUCAUCCAGACUCAUCCCCCCACCAUCUACUUUCUGGAUGGUUUCCCUGUGUCUUCAGUUUGAAGAGAGCCCAGAAUGAAGGCAGUGAGAAGUCCGAAGAUAUCCUGCAGAAAGACAACGAGAUUUGGCUCGAAGUGUGUUUUGCUAGACCAGGAGUUGCAGCAGCACUUUUCCUCUUCUUGGCAUCUGAUGGCCUGGCCCCUGGGAAGCAUCAGCAGCCAACAGUGACCAUCUACCUGGUUGAUGUCAGUGGAAGCAAUCACUCGCUUGGAGCCUAUGAACUGUCGUGUCAACAUAAUCCACUGGUUAUCAAUGUGAGCCACCAUGUGAAUGCCUACCCCCACCACACCUCCUCCGUGCUGCUGAAUUUGUCAUCCCCAUUGGUGGGUAUCUCAGCAGUGGCUCUAAGGACAUCCUCCCACACCAGUUCUUCAGCUCCCAGUAACUGCAUCCCAGAGCAAAACCAUCAGGGACAGAGCUGUGCCCAACGACCAUGUGGAGAACAGGGAAGAUGUACACCGUUGCAACUUGACCAUGCAGACAUGGUAAAUUGUACCUCCAGUGGCCCAGGUCACAUGAAGUGUGCCAUCACUUGUCAAAGGGGGUAUGUACUUCAGACCAGCAGUGGGCAGUACCUCAGGAACAUGCAGAGAGAGAUUCUCCUCACUUGUUCCUCGGGCUACUGGGACAAGGAUGUGAACUGCGUGCGCGUUGACUGUGGUGUCCCCGAAGCAUCCGUGGUGAACUAUGCAAACUUCUCUUGCUCGGAGGGUACUGACUUCCUGAAACGCUGUUCCAUCUCGUGUGUCCCACCAGCCAAACUCCAAGGACUGAGCCCGUGGCUGACUUGUCUGGAAGAUGGACUCUGGUCUCUCCCUGAAGUCUACUGCAAGUUGGAAUGUGACGCUCCUCCAGUUAUUCCAAAUGCCAAUUUGCUUCUGCCGCGUUGCCUAGAGGGCAGCCAUGAUGUGGGUACCAUCUGCAGAUAUAAGUGCAAGCCGGGCUACUAUGUGAUGGAGAACGCAGGGAGUCAAGGAAGGAAUAAGUUCCUGAAGAUACAAUGCCUGGACGAUGGAACCUGGGAACAGAGGAGCUGCAGCCCAGUGGUGUGCGAGCCUCCUUCUCCUGUGUUUGAAGGCAUGUAUGAGUGUACCGAUGGCUUCAGACUGGACAGCCAGUGUGUGCUCAGCUGCAACCAGGGAACGGAAAGGACUCCCAUCCUCUGCACUAAAGAGGGGCUGUGGACCCAGGAAUUUAAGUUGUGUGAAAAUCUGCAAGGGGAAUGCCCGCCACCCCCUUCCGAGCUGAAUUCUGUGGAGUACAAGUGUGGACAGGGAUAUGGGAUCGGUGCAGUGUGUUCUCCAUCAUGCAUCAUCCCCCCUAGCGAUCCUGUGCUGCUGCCGGAGAACGUGACUACUGACACUUUGGAGCACUGGAUGGAACCUGUCAAAGUCCAGAGCAUCGUGUGUACUGGCCGGCGCAAGUGGCACCCAGACCCCUCCCUGGUCCACUGUAUUCCAUCAUGUGAGCCUUUCCAAGCAGAUGGUUGGUGUGACACUAUCAAUAACCGGGCCUAUUGCCGCUAUGAUGGGGGAGACUGCUGCUCGUCCACACUGUCCUCCAAGAAGGUCAUUCCAUUUGCUGCGGACUGUGACCAGGAUGAGUGCACCUGCCGAGACCCUAAGGCAGAAGAAAAUCAGUAACUCUAGGACCAGAGCCCACCCUCUCUAACCUGGAGGCAG